ACAGUUGACAGAUCGGUUUAUUUUGGGUUUGUGCUGUCUUGUUGCAAUUUUAUCGACCGUUUCCAUAUCGUAGAAUGAUUCACUGCUAUGGGCAGUAGGGUUCGGUGUUAGUGUUAUUUGGCCAUUUCCACCCAUUGAAGGCAGGUUAAUUCGGUAGUGUAAUCACGCUGUAACUCGUUGUUUGCGAACUAGGGAAAGCCCGCACCCGCAACGAUGGCGUCCAUGUUCGACCAGUACUCGAGCGAUCUGAUACGGGAAAGCUCCACCGACACGAAUGUGGGUGUCGGACCGAAAACGUCCGGUUAUGUGAGCGUACGGACACGCAAGGAGGUACCAAUAUUUACCAAGCAGAAGAUGAACCUUAACCUGCCGUCCGGUAUCCUGUUCCUGUCGGUGCAGAACGAUUGGCUAAUGAUGCUGAUGACCAAUUUGACCGUGCUGCGAAUGAAUCUGAAGCAACCGGACAAGUUUACCGAGGUACCGAUCGACAAGACGAUUGGUGGAUUGCGCCCAUCGAACAUCUACUUGGAUCCUCUUGGGGCGCAUCUGUUCCUUACCUUCCUACCCAAAUCUCCCGGUUUCACACCGGAACUGCUGUACCUUCAGCGCAACAGCUUUAAGCCGAAGUUCGUCACAAAGCUAAAGGAUCAGGAAAUUACAGCAAUUGGUUUCAACCACGUAAACACCUCCGAAACGAGCACCGGUCCUAUUUUGCUCGGGACGGCACAUGGCGUCAUUUGGGAGGCGGAAGUUGGCCUCGAGAGUAGCGAUAAGCUCGUGCAGAACAAUGUACGGCACGCGUUUGACGUCGGCAAGGGUGAACCGCGUCCAAUCACUGGGCUUGAGUUUUACCUGAAGACGGAACAGAAGCAUCUGCACUGUAUCGUGCUAGUGCUAACGGUGGACCGGCUGUACAAGUUCCACAACACGAUCCGUUCAUCGUCCAACGGUACGAUGGCAUCGUCUGCGAUGACCGCUGCCCAGGAGCUGAAGCUCGGUGGCUAUCUGCAGAAGGUGUUUAGCCCGUAUCAAAACGUAGACGAUCAGUUGCGUGAUUUCGAGGAGCUGUCGGUUAGUGGAAGCAAAGCCACUACAACCGCCGGCAGCUGGCCGAAGUUGGUGUUUAACUACGAGGAAGAUUUUCCGAAGAGUUUCGGCUGCCUAACGGAGCACGGCAUCAACUAUCAGGAGAUUGAUCCGGCCAUCAAUCAACCGCAGUUUGUGGUGCAGAAGGAGCUGAUCACGUACCCAGAACCACGCUUUGUACCACCGGCAACCAAUUCGCACAAGGUCGCACCGAUAACGAACAGUCCACUAUCGUUCAUACUGACCGAUUUCCAUGCACUGCUGCUGUAUCCCGAUCACGUUAGUGCCAUCUCACUGCUGGACUAUCAGAUCGUGUACGAGGAGUACUUUGUCGAGCAGUAUGGCCGAUUGAUUAAUAUCGUGAAGGAUGUUCGCUCGAACGUUACGUUCGUGUACAGCAACAAGCUUAUUUUUCGCUAUAAGAUUGUGAACGAGCAACGCAAUGCUUGGAGACUGUACGCUGAUCGGCAGAAGUUUGAUCUCGCCUUACAGUACUGCAACAAAAAUCCUGCCCAUCGGGAUAUUGUGCUGGUGAAGCAAGCGCAAUCGUAUUUCUACGCCAGCGACUAUCUGCAGGCGGCUGCCAUCUUUUCCGAGACGCAGCUUAGCUUCGAGGAGGUGUGUCUGAAGUUUCUGCAGAAGAACAGCAACCAGGCGCUGCUGCUGUACCUUCGCAACCGGCUUGGACAGUUGAAGGCGCACGAGAAAACUCAAAUCACCAUGCUGAUCGUGUGGAUUGUGCAGUUGUUUUUGGUGGAACUGUCGCACCAGCGCGUUGGAGGGGAAAAAGCUACGCGCGAUUUGCAGAAGCAGUUCGAAGCGUUUAUGGCUAGCAGACCGGUGAUGGCGUGUGUGCGUCGUAACCGUGCGGCGAUAUAUGAUUUGAUGGCAUCGUACGGUGAUACGCAUAAUUUGACCGCGCUGACAACGAUCAACCAGGAUUACGAGUCGGUCAUCCAGCAGUACAUCAAUCAGGGCCGGUAUGAGGAUGCGCUCGCUGUACUGAGCGCACAGAAUAAGCCCGAGCUCGUCUAUCAGUAUGCGCCGAUCGCGAUGGAAAUGUUGCCGACUGCGACGGUCGGUAUGCUGAUCGGGCAGGGCCAUCGGCUCGAUCCGGUACGGCUGAUGCCGGCCCUGCUCUGUCUCGAUACGGUGCAGCAUGCGCACGAAACGGUGCGCUAUCUCGAGUACUGCAUACAUUCGCGCGGUUGCGUCGAAUCCGCCCUGCACAACUAUCUCAUCCAGCUGUACGGCGUUCAUUUCCCGGAUCUGUUGCUAACGUUCCUCGAAUCGCAGGGCCGUGACACGACGAUGGUACAUUAUGAUCCACAUUACGCGCUACGGAUUGCGCUGCGCCACGAUAUUCGACCGGCAAGCGUGUUUCUGCACUGUUUGCUGGAAAUGUGGGUACCGGCGGUACGGCUUGCCCUUACGCUGGAGGACACCGAAGCGGCACGGCAGCUCGCACGUCAAACGGCCGCCCAACCGACCGAUCGGGUACUUCGCAAGCGACUGUGGCUGUUGAUCGCGGAGCAUGAAAUACGCGGAACGCGGGACGAAGAGGUCCAACGGGCACUCGGCAUACUGCAGGAGUGUGAUCAGCUCCGCAUCGAGGAUCUCCUGCCGUACUUUUGCGACUUUCAGCGUAUCGAUCACUUUAAGGAGGCGAUCUGCCGUUCGCUGAAGGAGUACAACGUGAAGAUACAGGAGCAGCGCCGCGAUAUGGAGGAGUCGGCCAAAUCGGCAAACCGGGUUCGUCAGGAGCUGCAAACAUUCCGCGGACGUUCGGUUACGAUCGGUGCCCAGGAACAGUGUGCCGUUUGCAGCGUCUACCUAAUGCUGAAACCGUUCUUUGUUUUUCACUGUGGACAUAAAUUUCAUGCCGACUGUCUCGAGCGUCAGGUGGUGCCGUAUUUGAGCACUGAAACGGCAGAACGAUUAACGAUGCUGAAGCAAACACUUGCUGCAACGCAACAUCUGGCUGAGAGUGGCACUGCAGUCGCGGGAGGAACGUCCACUGCUCAGGAUGCAGCAACCGUGCAGGUCGGUUCACACAAGGAAAAGCUAAAGAGCGAAAUCGAAGCAAUCAUCUCGUCCGAAUGUCUGUACUGUGGCCAUCUGACGAUCAAUGCGCUUGACAAACCGUUCGUAGAAAACUGGCAGCAGGCCGACAGUGAAUGGGAUUAGGAGCCUUUUUGACUGAACUUCGCUCACCAUUUUUCUUUUGGUUUUUGGUUCAUUUCGAACCCUCCAUUAUGCGAUAUCAUUUCUACACUGUUUCACGCUGACCUUGAAAAUUCAAUUCAGUACCGAUGUGUGUUUUGAUUUUGUUUUGUGCUACCGUCGGCAUUAUUUAUUCCUUUUUCAGGACGAUAUUACUCUGACCUGUCGAAUCACUCAAAGCAACAUGUGCCAAAGCGAGAUAAUUUUCAUCCUUUGGCGCUUGCGUUUCCCGACAGCUUCAUCCUAUUGCGAUAGCAUGUCUUUUCCAAAUGAAUAAAAUUUCCUAAGUUCGUACAUGAACGUAUAGUGGAGUGUGUCAUGUGAUGCUUUCCAGUGUGUUAUCAGCGUUACCCUUCCAUCGAAAGCAAACGCUAACGUCGAGGACUAUUAAUUUGCAAAAUGUAUUAAAAUUUAAAUGCAUACAAUUAUUAACUUACUCGUUUUGUUAGUGUACAACUGUAAUGCAAAUUGUUAUUAAAUAAAACAAUAUCUAUAAUAUCUCAA